UGACUUGACUUGGAAACUCCUUCCCGUAAACAAGGAAAUUAGUGGGUAAUUCAGCAUUGCGAUUCUUAUAGCUUAUAUCCAUGUUUCCACUUCUCUUCCAUGUAGGCAGCUCUCGGUGAUUUGAACAGGUGCAGAGAAAAAUGGCACGCGUGGUUCAUGAUGAUACAGUGUGCGUUGCUGUCGGGAAAGAUGUCGAAGAAAGCAAGUUGACUCUGUUAUGGGCACUGGAGAGUCUCCAAGCCAGGACUAUUUGUAUUCUUCAUGUUCAUCAGCCAGCCCAGAUGAUCUUUAAUGGGAAUUUUCUGGUGGACGAACUUGGAGAAGAUGAACUCAGGACAAUCAAAGAAGUGGAGAUAAAAAUCAUGUAUAGGAUCUUGGAUGAUUACCUUGACAUUUGUCGCCGAGCAGGGGUACUUUCUUUCCCAAUCGAUGAACUAUAUGUAUUGAUUUGUUCUCCUGCCUCCCUCUUUCCCCCUAAUUGUGAAUAUUUACAAUGUUAUUUCUAAAAGGUGGCUUGUCAUGAACCGUAUUUCAAUAAGUGAAUUGCAAAGUCAGCAGCGCAUUUUUUUUUUAAGAAGACUUUGUUUUCAAUUUGUUGUGGUGUUGGAGUUUUGUUAUGCAAAUAGGUAAAUCAUUGAACAGUUAGUGAGCUAGAAAAUUAAACUUGACAAGAAUAUGCCUUCUCUUUCUCAAACCUAGUCCUCAAUAUGCCCAAUUCUAACAAAAUUCUGAAUAAUGCCUUUCCGGGAGCAAAUACAUAUAUAUAAUAUAUAUAUAUAGUGACUUCAAAAAAACCUC